GCGACCGGGUUUGAAAUUCCCGUUGACGCGCAGCCGCACUAUUGAUCCGGCGCCACGCAACCGGCUUGCGAGGAUGGCCACCAGAGGGCCCGAGGGGAGAGCCCCCCUCCCCUCGGACGUGACGUCACCCUUGGACGACAACAAACCUCGUCCGGGAGGAGACCCCACACUCACGGACGACUAUCUCGAUUUCGAGGGCAACGUCCGACCGAGGAGUACCCACGGGGCGCCGAGUGCGAGUGAGGGGAAGGCUGUAGAGGGGAGGGACAGGCGAAGGGACGCCAAGAGGGGCCAGGGCGAGCAGGCUCCCCCGGGAACGCGGAAAUUCAACAACUUCAACUACUGGCGGAAGAAGCUGCCCGAUGUGACUAGGGAGAUCCAGUAUAUUCUCACGCCGAAGAGCACGCGGCGGCCCCUUCGGAGGGACGUCAACGACAACGAGGGUGACGCCUCCUUCAGAGUUUUGCCGGAGGCCGAGGCGGAUCCUCGAGAACCAGGCCUCAGGGAGCGGCGGAACCUUCGCAGACUCGCCGUCGCGAAGCCCUCCAAACACUCGCCUAGGGAGGAGGACGAGGAGUUAGAGGAGGAGGAAGAGGAGGAAGAGGAAAGAAGACGAGGGAAGGGCAAGGGCAAAGGGAGGCGCCCGCCCACCCCGCGCAGACACAACGCCGCCGCCGGCCUCGUGCCCUUCGCCUUCGUCGAGUGCGCGGGCGAGUCGAGCACCGACGACUUCGAAUACAUCCCUGGGGCGGGUCGCGACGGCCCGAGGGCGGGGCAUGAGGCGCCUGACCGCCGGGGCGAUCGCGGCGCCGACGAUGACGAGGAGGAGGACGAGGAGGUCGCCGAACUCGAGGACGACCAUUUCAGGGCGCUAGCGGUCGACAGGCCCAAGUCGGGCUCCUUCAGCGACUACUCCAGGUUGGUCUCCGCUCGGCCCUUCGCCACCGCCCCGCGCUCCCCGACGACGGGGAACUUCCUUACCGUCGACGACGCCGCAUCCGAGUUCUUCCGGCGGAGCUCGGCGCCCGUGGGAACACUCACUGACAUCUUGGGCAAGUUCCACGCGACUCGCAAGGUCCCCGGCGGCCCUGGAUCCUCGCCCUCGAGCGCGGCCGUCCUUGGCUUCCUCUCCAGGCUCUCCUCGGACGGAGACUUCAACCACAAUAGUGAGGAGGACAUCUACUCCUCCAGAGGCAGUAAGACUUUACCGGGCUUAAUCCCCUUCGAAUACGAUACCGACGACAGCGAAGCGGAGAACAGCUACGACAUCAUGGGCAACAUUCAAGGGGCCGAGGGGCGGCGUGCAGCCAAGGGGGAGAAGCAGAAAGCCAAAGCCAAAGGCAAGCUAUCCAAGGGCAAGUCCCCCUCCAAAGGCAAGCUUCAGGGCAGCCGCGAUGCCCUCGACGACGUCACCACGCCUUCCUCCGUUAUGGCAGCCACUGUGGGCAUGUCCCCGUCGCCGCGCCGCCAGCAAGGCUCCUCCCCCGUCACCCCGGGGACACCUUUGGCCACGACGCCGCUUGCGCCCUCCCCGCAGCAUCCGAAGGCGCCUGCCUCCAUCGUCACGGACUCGUGGAAGCAGGCCAGAAAGAUCGAGGACGAGGGCUUAGGCGGCGGUACGGGCCAAGCACCCGUCGCCUUCGCCGAUUCCUCCUCCAGCUCUGAGUCUGUGUUCACGGAGGCAAGGAGCGGGGGUCCUGGCCGCAACGGCAGCCUCCACGACGCCCUCACGCCCGUAGGUGAUGAUGCGGGCGGAGGUGCGGCCACGCCCGUCUUUACCGAGACGCUAGACCUACCCAUCGAUGCCAUUAUGGGCGGAUACUAUUCCUCGAGCGAGACGUCUUCGGUGUGUUCCCGUCCGCCCACCGUCGCCGGCCAAGGUGGGUCGUCUUCAAGCUUGCUCGACGAAAAGAAAACGGCGCAUGAUGAUGUGGGGGAAACUAUCCCAAAAAGAGAACGAGAGAAAACGGAGCGCGGGCGAGCGUCAUCGCCGACAAAGAAAACGGCUCGGCGGGAGGGGGAGGCGGGAGGCGAGGGCGAGGGGGUUGAGGUGAGUGUGCCCGGGGCAAGACCCCCCCACCAACGCGGACAGGUAGACACAACAACACAGCCGACGCUCAGUCAGAGUCUGCAGGACCGUCAGCGAGCAGGCAGCGCCUCGCAUCCUCCGUCGGGGUCGUCCUCCAACCUUCGGUCGGACACCUCUCCCUCUGGCUCGCGCCCGAGCACUCGUACGCCCUCGAAAAGGAGAGAAAAGGCCUCAGUGAGUGAUAGUGUCAGUGAUAGUGUGACCGCGGCGGACGAGGAUGUGAUCCUGAGCCCCGCUGGUGUCGAUCUAGAGUUCAGUGUCUCGAGUGUUUACGAGGAGUGCGACGAAGGAGGCGAGCACGCGCGCCCGCACCCGCUGCGCUACGUGCCCUCAGCCUCUGCCAGUUACGAGGAGUCCCUUGGCUCCUUCAUUUGCCUAGACCUCGAAUCCGAGGGCGGCCCGACCCAGCAGAGCGCGGGGUACACCCUCGAGGAUGAACCUGGAGGAGAAGAUGCAGACAAGACGAGGUCGUUCUCCGCGGACGACCUCGACGACCUAGAGCUCGAGGAAGGAGAGUGCUACGAGUACAGCGGCGAGGAGUACGACGACGACAUGCCGCAGGCGUCCGGCGCGGGCAGGGGGUCGGGGGGGUCAGGGGGCAGCAGUGCCUUCAGGGUGUCGCGGCAUCGCAAGGUGGAGCUGCAGCCCGCUCGCACGCUCCCCGCGCGCCCGCCCGCCAACAACAACAACAACAAUAACAACAGCAACAGCAGCAGCGGCAAGAGCAGGACCUACUCCGAAUCCUCGGGCAAUGGCACAGAGCAGCGCGGGCGGCGGAGCGGCAGCAGCGGGGACGUGGGCGUGGUCGACAGCAAUGUCCUGCGGAAGGUCGCCAGCCUGACCCUUGACCGCGCGACCAUCGAGAAGAGGGUAGUCAAGCCCAAGUUUGUGCCCGAAAAACUCGACUUCAAGAUCUAUGAGAAGUUUGAAGGCCAAAUGCUGAUCAACUGGUUCGUGAGUGCCUUCAGCGAGGGUCACUACCUCCGGCAUGUGAUCACUCCCCAGGACCUGAAGAUCCUUGCCACACAGUUCUGCACGCAUCUCCUAGCUGCUGGAGUGAUUCGGCAGAUUGAGGACACCGGGGCUCCUCUUGAGCUUCUGUUUAGGCCUGACCUCAUGUAUUACUGGUCCCAUACGGAGGCAUCACCAGCACAGAUCUUGACCCCAGGCAAGCUCUCCCCUUCAGCCUGGCCACCACCUAACUUUGCUGAGCUCAUUUCCUCAUCCCGUCCAGGGGCAAAGUACACCGAGGCAGGCCCACUCCCUGAUGUAUCCCCCCAUAGCGAUACUAACGGGAUAGUUAUCGAAGCGGAAGUUGACGAUAAUAAGAACGGGGAGGGAGAAGAAUUCCAGCAAGUGGUGAUGGGACUCAAGAGAGAACACAAGGAUUCGCUCGACCGCGUGGAGAGGGACCAGGAGGUGAAUCUGUUCAACCUGCGAGGGGAGCAGGCGGAGAAGCUGUGCCAGUACGAGCAGAAGAUCCGGGAGCUUGAGGUUGAGCUGGAGAAGCUUAAGACUGUCUCGGCAAUUCAGGAACUCACAGCCAAGACGUGUGCGGACUUUGACUCGCCCUCGAUACCCCUGUCCCCUAAGAAGGCAUCAGCUUCCCCUGGUAGUGGCCCACCAUCACUGCCCCCACCCCCCCCCUCCCCCACCCCCAUCAGGACCAGGUGUGGCAUUCCCUCCCAGUGCCUCCACUGGCCCAUCUGUCCCCCUGCCCCCCCCACCACCACCUCCAGGAAUGCUAGGGAUGGGAGCACCUCCUCCACCUCCACCUCCACCUCCACCUCCUGGCAUGUCGGCACCACCACCUCCACCACCGCCUCCCCCCGGGAUGGGACCUCCUCCCCCUCCCCCUCCUCCAAUGCCCAUGAUGGGGGGACCCCCACCCCCUCCUCCGAUGCCGGGAAUGAUGGGACCCCCUCCCCCUCCUCCCAUGCCAGGAAUGGGAGGACCUCCACCACCCCCUCCCAUGCCAGGGAUGGGGGGUCCUCCACCUCCACCUCCACCUCCUGGUAUGGGCCCGCCUCCCCCUCCUGUCCCCCCUGGCAUGAGAGGGCCUCCUCCACCUCCCUUCGGUGGGCCGGCCCCUUUCCCCGCCCCCCCGCCCGGUGGCUGGAAUGCAGCACGCCCGGCUGUAUUAAGGCAAAAGUGUCCUCAGUUAUACCAUCCUUUCUCGUUUGCUUGCUCCUGCCUGUGUGUGCUUGUGUGUCCUUGGCCACACCUGUACCGUGCUCCCCUCUGGUGUCGGCACCCGGAUCCUCUGUCUCGUUGCUGCUGACCUCUCAAGCUGUGCCAGUUCUUCGCAAGGCUCCAGUCAACCCAAAGAUGGCCAUGAAGCCUCUUUACUGGACGAGAAUUCAGCUGAAGACGCCCAAACCCCCCAAGCCAGAACCAGAACCAGAGGAAGAGGAUGAGGUCGACAGUAAAAAUGAAACCAAAGAAGAGAAAGAAGAAAACAAGGAGAAGAGUGAUAAAAAGGAAGGAAGCUUAAAGAGAGCAAAAAAGAGAAAAGCUGACAUCCCACUUUGGGACGAAAUUGAGGAAGAGGAAUUUGACGAGCUGGAGUUCGUUGACCUUUUUGCUCGACAGGUCACACAGCCCAAGAAGAAGGAGAAGAAGGAGGCCAAGCCAGCUAAGGUCAAGGUAAACAAAGUCCUGGACAGCAAACGUUCCCAGAAUGUGGGAAUCUUCAUUACGAGUCAACAUCUAGAUAUCGCAGAUGUGGAGAAUGCUGUUUACAACUUUGACACCUCCGUCCUAGACCUUGAAGUUCUUCAGCAAAUAUACGAAGUUAGAGGAAGCGAAGGAGAGAUCAACAUGAUAAAAGCAGCCAAUGAAGCCAUGGCCGACGUCCCCCUCGAUAAACCUGAACAGUUCCUCCUCGACUUGUCAAAAAUAAAUGAAUUUGCCGAGCGAACAGCAUGCUUCACCUUCCAAGCAACUUUCAACGAAGAGCUGGGCGUCAUACAUGGAAGAAUACACAUGUUGCAGUCUACUAUAGAUGUACUCGUGGCAAGUGAGAGCAUCAAGAGAAUAUUCGGGUUGAUCCUGGCCCUUGGCAAUUACAUGAAUGGCGGCAACAGGACUAGGGGCCAGGCAGAUGGAUUUGGUCUCGAGAUCCUUCCAAAGAUCAAGGACGUCAAGAGCAAGGAAACGGGCUUCACACUCUUGCACUUUGUUGUCACUAAAUAUAUAGAGAAAUAUGAAGGGGAGGAUGCAGGCACUGACAAGGUCCAGCUGCCAAUCCCAGACCCUUAUGUUGUAGAGCGCGUGUCCAAUCUUAAAUUCGAAGACUUGGAAUCUGACUUGAAAGAUAUUGAAAAGAAUCUAAAAGUGUGUGAAAAUCGAGCUGAGAAGGUGAUAGCAAAGUCAGAUGAGGAGCAUUUGCAGCCGUUUAAGGACAGGAUGACGGAGUUCUUUGUGAAAGCUAAGAGUGAAGUAGAAUCAGAGAGUGAAAGUUUAAAGGAGUGUAAAAGCCAAUUUGAAAUGGUGAUGAAGUAUUUCCAGUUCAGUGGAAAAGGACCUGAAGUUACACCCUAUGAUUUCUUCAGUGUUUGGUCACCCUUCUGCAAUGACUUCAUGAACAUUUGGCAGAAAGAACAGCAGAAGAUUGUCAAGCAGAGAAUGAAGGCUGCAGAAGAGAAGGUGAAGAAAAUGACAGAAGAGAAGAAGGAUGUCGCCAAGAAAACCAAAGAGGUCGGAGGGUUGAAGAGCAAACUCAAGGACAAGUUGAAGACUUAGCAAUAUUUUUUUCCUUUUGUAAUUUAUACUUCUUACUCUUGGCCUCUCUCUUUCUUUUUAGAGACAAGUCACAUUUUAUUUUAUAUGUAUAUUUUUGAAGCUUCUCAAGAUGAGGAAAGGGAA